AUGGGCUUGCCUCGCCCGCACUCAGCAGUUGACAUGGCACAGCUCAAGCAAAAAGUCAGAGCUCUCUCUUUGUUCUGUCAUCCGGACAAGCGUGGCGGCGACGGCAGAAAUUUCCAGUUUCUCAUCAAUUGUAGAGACGAGUGCGAAAGGCGGAUGCGGGAGAAUGCUACGAGAUGCGACUUGGAGCGUGUCCCCGGGGAGGGGCGGGGUUCGAACAAGCAGCCAACCGCAGCUGGUGGUGCUCCAGCUGGGUAUGCUGCCGCUGCCAGACCGUCUCCACCCUGGACUGCUUGGGAUGCCGAACACGCACCUUGGGACGUUCCUCCUUGUCCUCCUCGUGACGCUCCUGGGGAUCGCACCGAACCGUCUUCCUCGUCUGAGCCGCGAACUGCUUUUCGUCCGCCUGCUGGCUGGCAGGUUCCCUCGCACAGCGACGUCUUCUGGGAAGCGAAUGGCCUCUACAGAUGGAUCGUUGUGUGCUCUGCAAAGAAGAGUCCGAAUUGCCUGAAAUGGGCAGCUACGUCUACCGCAAUUGGCCACGACACAGACCUGCAAGCGGAGAUGAGGAACCUGGGCUGGUGGCUGCCAAAUUCUACAAGGAUUUGGAAGAGGGCUCAAUGUCCUUGGUGCCAGACAUAA